UCGCUUUAAAUCCCAUUCUGUGCCUUAUGCAUCCUUUUGACGGAAGAAACAAAAAUCCCUUUUCUUGUGUGCGUGUGUGUGUGUCCCGUGCGCAAAGAGCGCGCUCCCAUUGGCCGAGGUUCACCUGACUUUUCCAUCCACGGACCCUCACCCGCCCGGUGCGCGCACCUUCUCUCCACUGUGCACCGCCAUCCGAACCAAAGAAGUCUGAUGAACACACGCUCAGCUCCGUGCGCUGGUGGACCGGGGAAUCUGGACAUGAGGACAGACUUGUUUUUUUGUCGGAUAUGGAUUGGAAUCGCUUUUGCCUCAGGUCUGGUGAUUGGCUUUUCUAUGACUCCGCCCACCCUUGACAUCGCCAGCAAUGAGCUUGUGAUUCCAGUCCUUCAAACACUCACCCUUACAUGCAGGGGGCAGCUAACACUGGCCUGGACGUGGCCUGAUCAGAGUCUUGAGGGACAGGAGCUAACCAACCGUCAGGCACAGCUGCCGGCCACUGGGGUCCCCGGGAAAAGGGCUGCCGUGGUUAGAGAGUGUCAGGGGCGGCGCGGCGAGCCGUACUGCAAAAGGCUGGUGCUGAGUGCAGCGCAUGCCACCGACACGGGCUUCUAUCAGUGCUACUACAAGGAUGCCAAGGCCAUAACCAAUGGCACCACUGCUGUCAGCGUUUAUGUCUUUGUCAGGGACGCGGAGCAACCAUUUCUCAAGCGGCGCAGUCACAGCGAGCUAAAUGGAAACACCAUGGAGACCAUCUUAAUCACACGCUCCUCUGUGGACGUGGUGGUGCCAUGUAUUGUGACAGUGCCCGACCUCAACGUCACUCUCCACAUGUAUCCGACACAACUGCAGAAGAGUCAGAUGAAGUGGGACAACAAGCGAGGCUGGUCCAUUCCCAGACCUGUCUUCGACAGCGUGCCGAUGAUUAUUGGGUUUAUAUGUGCUGCCACACUGGAUGGAAAAGAGCAUCAGUCGACCUACCUGGUCCACCAUGCAGGAAGUCAGGUUUACAACGUCAAGCUGUUUCCUGAGGAGCCAGUGGAGCUGAUCGUGGGGGAGACCCUCACCCUCAACUGCACCACGCUGGUGGAGUUCAAUGCAGGCGUGGACAUAACAUGGUCUUACCCUGGUAAACAGAGGGACACUUUGGUGAGCAUUCAACAGCAGCGUCAAGCUCUGCUUCACAACACAGAGGCCGUCAGCAUCCUGAGCAUCCAUGCGGUCAAGGUCACAGACAGCGGCCCGUACAGCUGUAACGCCACCACCAUUGCUACAACACAAACCAGACAAACCAAAGUCACCGUUUACGAAAAGCCAUUUAUCAGACUUGACUACAGGAAUGAACCCGUGCAAGAGGUAACGGCUGGUCAGAAGUCUUUCAGGCUUCAGGUGAACGUCUCCGCCUACCCCACUCCCGAAACACAGUGGUACAAAGACGGCAAGCCGAUAAACCAGCGUCCAGAGUUUAGGAUGAAAAGGAUGAGGAUGCAUCCUAAGCAUGCUUUGGAGAUUAAGGAUGUUUCUCAGGAGGAUUCAGGGCUCUACACGGUUGUGCUGAAGAACAGCGCUGCUACACUCGAGAAGAGGCUCAAUAUCACGCUCGUCGUCAAUGUCCCUCCACACAUCCAUGAGAAAGAGGUGGCCGAGCCGUCCAGCCCGUACCCCAGUGGCAGCAGCCAGAAGCUAACAUGCACUGCCUACGGCCUCCCGGCUCCAAAUGUCAGCUGGCAGUGGAGGGCGUGGGGCCCGUGCGUCCUCAACACCACCCAAAGCAGAGCAGUCCGACGAGACAGGAAGGGCCGGAGUGAUGGGAUCACUGAAUGUCAGAAUUGGCAGGACAUUAACUCAGAAAAUGAGGCCAUUGAGACAUCUGUUGAAGUGGUGGAUGGACGUCAAAAGAUCGUGAGCAGGCUUUCCAUUCACAACGCCAGCGUUUCGGUCAUGUACAAGUGUUCUGCCGAAAACAAAGCCGGCAAAGACGAGUGGCUGAUCUACUUCUACGUAACCAUUAUCCCUGAGGGCUUCAGCGUGGAGGUGCGACCCUCUGAGACACCCCUGGAGCAGGAGAAAGUGUCACUCUGCUGCAGCGCUGACAACUACACCUACGAGCAGCUCCAGUGGUACCGCCUUGACCCGCGGGCCCUGCAGGACGAGCAGGGUCGACCCCAGGAGCUGGACUGCAAGAGCGUGCACCUGUACGCUGACACUCUCACGGGCCAGCUCUCCUUCCAGGAGUCCUCAAACAGCUGGGUGCUGGAUUUCACCAUCUCUUCCGUGCAACUGCAGGAUGAGGGUCAUUACGUGUGCAAGGCUCAGAGCAGAAGGAAUGGGGAGAAACAGUGCCUGUUCAGAUACAUCUCUGUCAAAGCCCUGGAGGCGCCACGGUACAAGCGCAGCCUCACCAACCAGACGGUGAAUGUGACGGAGUCUCUGCGCAUGGAGUGCGAUGUUGAGGGCCGACCUCUGCCACGCCUCUCCUGGUUCAAAGACAACCAGCCCCUCCACCAAAUGUCCGGAAUCCAGCUGCAGGAUUCAAACCGCACACUGAGCAUCCAGCGUGUGAGAGAGGAGGACGCUGGUCUUUACACUUGCACUGCCUGUAACCAGCGUGGUUGUGUCCACUCCUCAGCUGCCAUCCAGGUCAUCGGUUCCAGCGACAAGGCCAACGUUGAGAUUGUGAUCCUCAUUGGGACGGGAGUCAUCGCUGUUUUCUUCUGGGCCUUGCUCAUUCUCAUCUUCUGCAACGUGAAACGGGUUAACCCGGCAGAUAUAAAGACGGGCUAUUUGUCCAUCAUCAUGGACCCGGGGGAGGUACCUCUGGAUGAGCAGUGUGAAUACCUGCCCUAUGACUCCUCACAGUGGGAAGUCUCCCGAGAUCGACUACGACUGGGAAAGGUCUUAGGCCACGGAGCCUUCGGGAAAGUAAUCGAAGCAUCAAUCUACGGCAUCAGUAAGAGCAACAGCCUUGAUACAGUUGCUGUCAAGAUGCUGAAAGAGGGAGCCACAGCUAGUGAACACAAGGCCCUGAUGUCAGAGUUAAAGAUCCUAAUUCACAUCGGGAAUCAUCUGAAUGUUGUGAACCUGUUAGGUGCUUGCACCAAACCCAGUGGUCCAUUGAUGGUGAUCGUGGAAUACUGCAAGUAUGGCAAUCUGUCCAACUUUCUGCGAGCCAAGCGAGAGUUCUUUCUUCCAUACAGGGACUGCUCUCCAAAAACUCAGAGCCAGGUGAGAAGGCUGAUCGAGGCCGGUCAAGUGGACCAAAGGGCUCGUCGCCCACCUUCUCCUUUACCGCUUAAUAGCGCUGAGACUCCGUCACCCAGCCUGUCCAAUCAGAAGAGUCCUGUUGCUGCUGUGGAGAAAAUGGAGGACUUGUGGAAGACUCCUUUAACGAUAGAAGAUCUGAUUUGCUACAGUUUCCAGGUGGCCCGUGGGAUGGACUUCCUGGCUUCUAGAAAGUGUAUCCACAGAGACCUGGCAGCCCGGAACAUUCUGCUUUCUGAGAACAACAUUGUGAAGAUCUGUGACUUCGGCCUGGCCAGAGACAUAUACAAAGACCCCGACUACGUCAGGAAAGGCAAUGCUCGCCUGCCUUUGAAGUGGAUGGCUCCAGAGAGCAUCUUUGACAAAGUCUACACCAGCCAGAGUGAUGUGUGGUCCUUCGGAGUUCUCCUCUGGGAAAUCUUUUCACUGGGGAGCGUCUCGUACCCAGGAGUGCAGAUUGAUGAGGACUUUUGCAAGCGAUUGAAAGACGGCGUCCGGAUGAGAGCACCAGAGACCGCUUCCCCUGAAAUAUACGGCAUCAUGUUGGGCUGGCAGGGUGAGCCGAAGGCCAGGCCGACGUUCCCUGUUCUGGUGCAGAUCCUGGGAGACCUGCUGCAGGACAACAGCCUACCAGAUGGAAAGGAUUACGUCCCCCUGAACCAAUCCCACAGCUCAGAGGACGACGGCUUCUCGCAGGCGUCAUCACGUCCUCCUUCUGAAGAAGAGCUCAGACUGGCCUGUAACACGCUGUCAACCAGGUAUUAUAACUGCGCGCCCUUUGCUGGUUGCGUGUUUGUGGGAACUUCAAAAGUUUGCCAGCCCCGCGUGAAAACAUUUGAAGAGUUUCCCCUGCAGAAACACUCACAGAAAGCUCCCCAAGAUAAUCAGACAGACAGCGGGAUGGUUUUGGCCUCAGAAGAACUGGAGAGGAUCGAGCACAAGCACAGGGGUGCCAUCUCAAAAAGUCGUGUGAGCAGCAGCAGCAGCACAGAGCCUCUGACAGCUUCCCAGGGUUCUCUGGGGCGAAGCAGCGGCUCCAAGCAUUGUCCCGCCUUCUUCAGUCAGCUGUCAGGACAGACCUUCUACAACAAUGAGUACGGACAGCUGUCCAAGGAGGGUUUCUGUGACUUUUUCGCCUCGCCAGACACCCCCUGCUUGGCCUCCUCUAAUGUGUAAUCUCACAAAAGAUGAUGUCAGAGAGUAAAUGGCUAUGGGGGAGGAGUUAAAGAAAGUGACCGCUCCAACUCAACAGAUGAGGUGUGCAGGCUUUAGUAACAUCCCAGCGUUGGUUAAUAAAGAUGUCUGAAGCUCCUGCUGCCUCAAUAAAUGGACUGAGCUAUAUGUGCCUGCAGUUCUCCUAACCAGCCACUGGGUAGCAGUAUUAUGACAAAAGAAGCCUUAAGUAUUUUCUAUUCACAUUUAUAUUUUUUACUUUUUCUAUUGCAGAGUAUCAUUCCUUUACUUGUACAAAUUAUAAGAAGGAAUAAAGGAAUUUAUCUUCUCA